AAAAAAUAAGAUGGCGUCUCGAGAGAAAACCGAGCCAGUUUCAUCUAAAUCGAGUUGUAACAUACAUGUAAUAUUUCGGUUCGCAGAUUGGAUAGAUAUAGUUCUGAUGGUACUUGGUACGGUGGGAGCCAUUGGAGAUGGCAUGUCCACGAAUGUGGCGUUAGUGUUCGCAAGCAAGAUCAUGAAUAGCUUGGGCUACGGUCAACACAAUCCUCAUACUUUCAAGGACGAGGUUCAGAAGUGCAGCUUAUACUUUGUAUACUUGGGACUGGCUAUCCUGGGAGUGGCAUUUAUGGAGGGCUAUUGUUGGAGCAAAACAAGCGAGAGACAAGUUGAGAAGAUUCGUCGAACAUAUCUUAAAGCUGUUCUCCGACAAGAAGUUUCUUUCUUUGAAUCAGAAGAUGCUUCCAUUUCUGAAAUUAUUCACACCAUUUCCACUGACACUUCUCUCAUCCAACAACUUCUUAGUGAAAAGGUGCCCAUAUUCUUGAUGCACACAUCAGUUUUCAUUACAGGCCUCGUGUUUGCGGCAUACUUCUCAUGGAGAUUAACCCUAGUAGCCCUCCCAUCACUUCUUCUUCUUCUAAUCCCAGGGUUGAUCUAUGGCAAAUACCUUGUUUAUUUAUCUAACAAAUCCUACAAUGAAUACGCCAAAGCAAACUCAAUCGUGGAACAAGCUCUAAGCUCCAUCAAGACCAUUCUUUCAUUCACGGCUGAGACUCAAAUCAUCAAGAGCUACUCAGAGAUCUUGGAAAGACACAAGAAGCUUGGGCUAAAGCAAGGGUUGGCCAAAGGUUUAGCCGUGGGAAGCACAGGGAUCUCUUUCACCAUAUGGGCUUUUCUUGCGUGGUACGGAAGCAGGUUGGUGAUGCACAAACAAGAAACCGGUGGACGCAUUUACGCAGCUGGGAUCUCUUUCAUUUUGAGUGGCCUGUAA